AUGGGACUCUUUCAUAUUCAUCAUAAACAAAUUAUUCAUCGAGAUCUUCAUAGUGGUAAUAUACUUGUUGAUGAUCCAAAUUCAUUAUUGAGAAGUAUAAGGAUAGGAGAUUUUGGAAUAAGCAAACCAGCAAAUUCGAUAAAAGAUACAAAAGAGAUAUAUGGUGUGAUUCCAUAUAUUGCACCGGAGAUAUUUAAUGGAGAAAAAUAUACGACAGCAUCAGAUAUUUACAGUUUUGGAAUGGUUAUGUGGGAAAUGACAAUUGGCCAAAAGCCUUUUUCUGAUCGUAAUCACGAUGGAUUACUUAUUCUUGAUAUACUUAAUGGUCUUCGUCCUGAAUUAAAUAACGAUUUACCACA